UGUAAUGCUGAUUGUAGUGUGUUUUGUUGUGUUGUUAUGUAUGUCGUGCGGGAGAACGAGUGCAGCCAGUAGCAGCAAUUCGACAGUGAGCAAGAGUAGAGGCAGCCGUCGUUUCGUUCGAUUUCGUCGGGGUUUGUGUAGUGGCAAUUAUCAACCAGGUGACAUUACAAGCUAUUGGUAGUAAAGUUACGGCUACCGUAUCACGGGACGGUAUCACGGCACUUUUGCAGAACCGUGUUGCACUGACUGCCAUUAGAUUGCGUUCGACGUGCGUGAUUUUUGAUUGUGAUUUUAAGCUGCGAGUUACCAUUAGCGGCGCCGGUUGCCAUGAUCUGUUCGUAAACAAUAGUUUGUCCAGAAGUGCAAUGAUUCAGCAAGAUCAGAGUACCCUUAUGUUAGGCAAUUAAGAAGAGGAAAAAAACAUAACGGAUUAUGGAAUGUGCUACUUGAAAGAAAAUUCGAAUUUUAAGGAAUGGCCACAAUGUUCAAUCAUGUUGAGUUAUUGAUAAGUGCAUGUUUGAAGCUUCAUGCUGCUAGUGACCGAUAGUUGCAGCAUUUGCAGUGUUCACAUCGAAUAAAAGCAACAGCUUUGGUCGACGAAACAAACAACAAACCACCCAAAUAGCAGUUAACUUGUGUUUCUGAUGUGCUGUGUAAUAUGCAAAUAAAUUUCUAGUUCAACCUUGGCAUCGGAGAAAACAAGCACAGAGUGAAUGAUCGAAACAGUGAUAGGCAGCGAACGGCGGUCCAGCAUACCAAGCGGAGAGAAAACCAUGUCACAUUUCCCUUUCCGAGGAUCGCCCACAACCCAGAGUACAACACCGUCAGCACCAUCAUCACCACCUACAGCACCAAUAGCGAUGGCCGUCACGACGACUGUGCCUCCAGGAGCCCGAAGUACGUCUCCUUGCUCAGCAACCUCUGGUCCGCCAACGUCCGGUAGUGGACGAUGCUGUGAUACUGGCCGACCUAUCUUCACUGAUCCCAUUUCGGGUCAAACGGUGUGUUCGUGUCAGUAUGAUCUGAUUAACUACCAACGGCUAGCCAGUGCUGGUAUCGCUGGUCCCGGCGGGGUUCCUCUAUCCAUGUACAGUACGCCGUAUAGUCCUGAAACGAUGGCCGCGUACUUUCCAGCGAUAGGAGCUGAUCAAGCGCCAUUCUACGCAAAUCCAGCCGCUGCUGGAAUCGACCUGAAGGAGAACCUCGCAGCCGGCGGAGCACCAUGGCCUUAUCCCUCCGUUUACCAUCCGUACGAUGCCGCCUUUGGCUACCCCUUCAACUCCUACGGAAUGGAUCUGAAUGGAGCGCGAAGGAAAAACGCCACCCGCGAGACCACGAGUACACUGAAAGCGUGGCUGAACGAGCACAAAAAGAAUCCGUAUCCGACCAAAGGCGAAAAGAUUAUGCUAGCGAUAAUCACGAAAAUGACCCUCACGCAAGUGUCCACGUGGUUCGCAAACGCGAGGCGGCGGCUGAAGAAGGAGAACAAAAUGACCUGGGAGCCUCGGAAUAGAGUAGAAGACGACGAUGUUAACCUGGACGAUGACGACGAUGACAACAAGAGCUUGAAGGACGAUAAAGAGAUUUUAGAUUCCAAAGAUUCCGGUACUGGAUCGAGUGAAGAUGGCGACAGGCCUUCGCGAUUGGACAUGCUGGAUCGACCAAGCAACAGUGAUUGGAAUGGGUCUCGUAACGGUAGUGGGCCGAACUCACCAGAUAUUUACGAUAGGCCCAUGCCCGGACACCCAUUGCUUCAUCCCUCUCAUUUCCCACCGCACUUGCGAGCAUCCAUAGGAACACCCCCGGAGAUCAAUCACACACCUAGUGGUAGUACAAAUCCCAGCAAGCCAAGAAUAUGGUCCUUAGCCGAUAUGGCCAGCAAGGAGAACAAAGACUCCGAUUCGUCAUCACCAACAGCAACCGGAUAUUCACCGGGAAAGAUAGUAACUCCGUUGGCCGGCCGGGGUCUGAAUCCAUUGCAUCAUCAUCCCUAUAUGAGGCCAGAAUUUUACCGCAAUCUUUACGGCCCACAUCUGACAUCAGGCUCACCGGAAGUAUCACUGUUGGAAUCCUAUCAACGCACGUUUGGGGCAACACUAGCCCAUAAUGGAAUCCCCGUCGGUAUCAAUCCUCUGAUAACCAAAGCGUCCAGUAGUGGGCCUCCUUUUACACCACUCAGUCUUACUACUACUAGCAAUCCCAACACAGCUCCCUUACCUGGAGCAUCACCUGCCUCGAGCACCUCUUCUGGCCCAGAAAACCUUACCCCUUCCUCACCUCAUACCGAAAAGCUAAUAUCAGUAACUAAGCCAUGACAUUUAGAAAUAAAAUAAGAGAACUAAUCGUAACUAUUGCGAAACUGUAAAAGUCAUAGUUCUGAAAUUCCCAAAUAAAGAAAAACAAUCAGACAAUAAUAAUGAAUGUGAUUAUGAGUUUUGUACCGUUCUGAACUGUCGUAACCGACCAGCAAAUCUUUGCCGCUUUUCAAUGGACAAUGAAACGAAAAAUCCUCUUUUUCAGUGCGCAAAACAUCAUCCGAUUUGUAAUCGGAUAUACUAUAAUGCAAUCAAUAUACACAAGUUGUUCUUAAAGUCCAACAAUUUUCGUGUCUCAAAUUUAGAAGAGCGUUUAGCAAAACAAAACCAUUCUCUAGCUCUAACACCUCAUUUAGUUGUGAUUGCCGCGGGCAGCUGCGCAAAAUCCAAAAGCCGACGGCAAAUUCGACCAGUAACAAAGGGGAGUUGGCUGAUAGAGAGUGAGACAAACAUAUACCGUGCCACUGCCGGCGAGAGUUGAUCAAAGCAGGCGGAUGCCUCUUGCUUUUGAUAAGUUACAAAAAGUUAAAUAAUGGCUAAAAUAAAUACUGAAGUGCAACGAAUUAGUCAUAAAAAAUCGGAGGAGAUAAAAGAGACGUUCAAGCAUAAUGAGUUUUGGCUGGAAAAGGAGAACGCUGGAAAAUGUAUCGCCCAAAUUUAAGUUUAUUGUAUCUAUAAAACGCGCUCGGAUGCAAUAAACUUGGAUUUUUUUCAAUAGAAAGAAAACAUUUUUUGUACAUUCUAAUGCAAUGUUUGUAUAAAUGCAAAGAAUAAAUGUUGUAAAUAUUGAAAUAUAGAUAAAGGAAAUAGUGUAUGUGAUAUUAAAAUGUAUUAAAUAAUUAUAGAUAAGAAGUAACACGCAGCGCAAGGAAUUAACGGUUUUAUUCCUUUUUUUCGAUCUUGUAUCGUUUUUUAUUGGGCGCAUUUUUUCGAGAAUUCGUUCCUUCUACUCUUAGUCAAUUUACGGUAUCACUUAAUUUCCUCACUUUCUGGUAGAUAACCGUUGCGGUCAGUUUUUUUUGUUUUUUUUUUGUAUCGGAGAAACUGUGUAAAAUGAGAACAUAUCAUGGGAACUCACUUAAAGCCAUUUCACUAGUUCAAAAAUAACGUUUGCAUCUUCUCGAGGCUUACACUGAUAGAGAAAGCAAAGUGCGCCCAAACGGUUCAAGUGGUAGCAAAGUGUGGAAAGCCCAAGUGACGAGAAGAGGUAAAGUAUUUUGUAUAAUUUAACAAUCAUUCAAGAUGUAGACUACUGAAUAGACUUGUGAAAAUUAAACAAGUUCAAAGCAGAAGAAAAACAAACAAAAGCAAGUUUGAGAACAACAACCUAUGUAAAGCUGUAUAAAAUUAACGUUAGUGAAUUAUUUAACCAUCCUAUUUAUUUUUAUUAAGAAAUAAGCGUUGAGUGUUCAAGUGCAGGAAAAUUACAACACCCUGUAAAAUGAGAACAUUUAAAUGAAUUUGACUAACUAAAACAAAGUGUAAAUCGUAUAUAUAAAAAUUAAACUUUAUAUAUUAUUGAGGUAAUGAAUUAAAGUAAUUGUACUGUAAAUUAUCAUACCGAACAAAAAAGCAAGAAACAAGAACAGAAAACCAAUCGUAAUGUUACUAGUUGCAAUAAAGAGAAUGACGACAGAAAAAAGUCAACAUUAUAGA